CAAAAAAAUGACAAUUAGCAUUUAACAAGCAGUCAGGUACGAUGUCAUGGGAACUUUUUUAGCUUACUGCCCCAGGGCUAUUCCCAGUAGUUUAAAGCACCUGUAUGCUGAAUCAGGUUGCAUGAGUUCCCACUUAAGUGGGUGGGACCCCAAAUAACGUUAAAUCACAGAAAUUUCUUUUAAGACUGGGUGUGUACAGAGAGUCAUGAACAAGGAACUCGUGUGUCCUGGUUGUUGAAAGCUAGUUCUACGUCCUUUAUUUUCUUGCCAUGUCAUGCUUGUUUAGGAGAGAAGCUAUUUUAACUGUAAAGAUAUAACAAAUGAGGAUGAAAGGUUCUACUUAAAAUAUACCUAACAGGACAAAAAGGAGACUACAAUCAGUUGAGCUCAUCUUCAAAGGAUGUUGCAGACAUUAAGUGACUGGUUUUGGUGGGACCGUCUGUGGUUUCCUGGAAACUUAACCUGGUCUGAUUUUAAAGACCAUGAUGAGCAAGUGUAUGCCAGAGUCUCCCAUCUAUAUGUCACCCUUCCAUGUGGUGUGGGAUUUAUACUCAUCAGAUAUGUAUUUGAAAGGUUGGUAGCAUUGCCAUUUGCAAAGUCCCUCAGUAUUAAGAAUAGAGCACGACUGCAAGCCACACCAAAUGCUGUGUUAGAGAAGUUUUUCUCUACACAGUCCAAGAUUCCUUCCCAGGCAAAGAUAAAUGGCCUAGCAAAAAAGUGUAGCUGGUCUGUACGACAAGUGGAAAGAUGGUUCAGAAGGAGGCGGAAUCAAGAUCGACCAAGUUUAGUAAAAAAAUUCCAGGAAGCUUGCUGGCGGUUUGUGUUUUAUAUCUUAGCAUUUAUUGGUGGACUUGCAGCAUUAUAUGAUAAACCAUGGUUUUACAACACACAACUCAUGUGGGAUGCCUAUCCAAAACAGUAUUUGUUACCAUCACAGUACUGGUACUACAUCAUAGAGCUAAGUUUCUACUGGUCACUUUUGUUCAGUGUUGCAUUCGAUGUGAGGAGAAAGGAUUUUAAAGAACAAAUCAUUCAUCAUUUGUCAGCAAUUGUGCUAUUAAGUUUCUCCUGGUGUGCCAAUUACAUCCGUGUUGGAACAAUUGUGAUGAUUGUACAUGAUGCCUCGGACGUUUUCUUAGAAUCUGCCAAAAUGAUGCUUUAUGCUGGGUUCAGUCAUCUUGCCAAUAUCCAGUUUACAUUUUUUACACUUGUAUUCCUUGUUAGCAGACUUAUAUACUUCCCUUUUUGGAUUAUUCACUGUACAUGGGUGUACCCAGUGAAUAUUUACCCCCCAUUCUUUGGGUAUUACUUCUUCAAUGUGAUGCUUGUUAUCCUUCAGAUUCUGAACUUAUACUGGGCCUAUCUCAUUCUAAAAAUGGUGGCUAAGCUUAUGUUUAGUGAUAUAAAGCAUGAUGAAAGAAGUGAUGAAGAUGAAGAAGAUUUGUCAGACAACAGUGAAGAUGACAACAUGAACAGCCUUGGAUCAGGCAAACAUCUGAAUAACUUUCAUACUCAUUAAAGCAUCAACAGAAACAACGUUAUUAAUGUUUCAUUGAGUACACCUGUGGGAAUGACAGGAAAAAAAAUAUCUGCUUAAGUUAACAAACUACAUUAAUGACCUUUCAAUUUUUACACAGUAUAUUGUUACUAAAGUAUUAUUAUUGACUUAUUAGGUUGUAUUAGAUUCCCUUAGUGUGGCUACCAGAUAAUCUGAUGGCAAAGUAGCACAGUUAUAUGAUAGCAUUUAAAGUGUUGACAGCUGUCCAGAAUGUCUUUGACAUAAAACACUCUCUGGUAAGAAGAUGAUGAUGAUGAAUCUCCAUGCACUGGACAUCAAUUUUUUUUUCAUUGAUUUGCCCAAACAUGAAGCUUCUGAAUCUGAUGCAAAGAUUCUGCUGCCUUUUAAAAAGGAAGCUUGCAUAGCUGCGACUGCAAAAAUGUGUCAAUCAUCUAUACACUUUUGAAUGUUUUAUCUGAGGAAUUGUGCUCCCAUUUGUGAAAACACUUAUUUGUAUUAAAUAUGACAUGUACUAAAAUAGCACUGAAAAUAGUGUAAUAUAAUAUAUUUCCCCUCUUCAAAGAUUUUUUAAAAUUUAAAUUUUUAAAAAAUAUUUGAGAAUCAAGCAGGUUUCACAGUGAGCAGUACAAUUUUCACCUUCUACAUAAUGUUGUCUACUGUAUAAUUUUUGUUUAAUAAAAGAGACAGAAUGCAACACCGAGAUAUAUAAUAUAAAAUUUGAAUUUUGAUGUUGUUUGCACUAGACCACAAUGUUCACCAGUCUACAAGAGUGAGGUUUUCAUAAAAAAGCAUUUCAGCUAAUAAUGCCUUAUAGCACUGUUCAUGGUAUGCUGUUUAUGGCCACUAUAUGCAGCUGUCUCAGCUCAUUACCCCUAUCCCUUUAUAACGUCUUUCACCUUUUAUAUAACAAACCUUUGUAUCACUCAUUCUCUGUUACCUUCUUAUUUUAAUUCCCACUUUACAUUUUGCUUUCUUUCUGACCUUCCUACUCUAUCCAUCUUCUUCAAAUACUCUUCACCACUCUCUUAAAACCAGUUUCUAUGUCAGUAUGCAUCCUAGUAUUCAUUCACCCACUGUCCUUGACUCAUCAACUAUACAAAGCCUCAUUCCUUCUUCUGGCUUUAACUGCUAUCUGUCUACUAACUAAUGUUUCACACUUCUUACCUCAACUUUAUUUGUUCCUAACAUCUAUACCGUGACCCUCCAUACCCACAUCUUGUCAGCCAUAUUUAAUGUCUGCUUGUAACAUAUAUUGCACAUGAACUAUCUGCAUACUAAUUGUUUUAUACUUGGGCGUUUAAUAUCAUGUACACUGUCACCAUGGCAGAAAUACCUGUUUUAUUUUUGUAUAGUGUCACUACAGAACAAUUACCUGUUUGUAUCUAGAUGCCUUAAGAACUAUCUGUGUAAUGUAUCUUUGUAAAAAAAUUUGUUUUGCCACAAAUGUCUUAAAUGUAUCUGUUGGAGCUGUUCUCCCUGAGCCUCUAGAGAAAAUGGGAUUUGCUCAAAUGGACUUUCUCAGUCAACAAAGUCAAAUAAAUAAAUAAAUAAAAAUCU